AUGACCAGUGCUGACACUCGCGUGCGGUUGGAAGAAGUCGCGAUUGAGGAAACGGUGGUGUCGAUUAGGAAAACGUUGCUGUCUGCGGUGAAAGCAGAGUAUUGGGAUUUCAUGGAUUUGGGGCUGCUACCGAGGAACUCGACGGCUGCUCAGUUGUUGAUUUAUAGCGUCGAUACGGCGAAACAGUUUCAUGUAGAAAAGAAGAUGAAUGACUGGAACAAGCUAAGAAGGCGACUCGAAUCUAAGGAGAGAGCGACGUUAUGGAGAUUAAAACAGAAAAUGCGAUUAUCGACGGACUUCGCAUCGUCGUGGACGGAGUUGACGGUUUAUGUUGUUGAUUCGUUUGCGGCUGCUCAUGUGAGGGCGCAGAAGAGCAUUGCGAGAUACUAUGGUCACACCGCGUCGGCUGAUACUGCUGAGGAGUGGCUAAUCAUCGAGGAAUCGAAGCAUGAAGUGCGGGAAGCGAAAGAGUUUCUCCGAAGAAGGCUUGGUGUGUGCGGAGAAAGGGCUGUGAGAUUGGCUCACUCGAAACAGCUUGCGCAGUUCAUUUUGAUUCAUCAGAAGACGAUUAUUGAGACUAUGGAAAGUCAGGGAGUUGUUUCCGGAGGGGAUGCCGAAGGAUUUUUGCACAAAAUUCAAAGCGAUUUGGAAUCGUUAUCGACGUUGAGCCUGGAUGAGGUCGAUUCGGGUUGUCUGGAAGAAGCGACUUAUCGAUCCUCAGAGGAAAGUGUCUUGGUUGAGGAGAGUGAAGAUACGUUUGAGAGUUUCCCGACGCAAGAUGCAGAAGGUGCAGAGAGCGAUAAUUUUCUUUUGACUGUUAUAAAAUCGGCGCGUAUAUGUAUGCUGGCCCAUGGCGAGGACUUGGUGGACGAGCUCGAAUUUUUGGCGAAAAAAAUUCUCGAGUCGCCGACGUAUAGCCGUUCGUGGACUUCAGCGUCGUCUCGUCGAGCAUUGGGAGGGUCUGCAAGUCCAAUGGAUUUAGCUCAACCACUUCUACCUGAAGCUGCACCGUCGAUGGAGAGCAUGCCGGGAUCGGCAAUCCGUACAAUUGCCAGGCGCGUAAGUACACGAAUGCAAGCCCAUCGUCAACUGAUGCGGGCGUCUUCUGGUGCGUCUACGCCCAAUGGAGGUCUUCUGCCGAGCCAGAUGGAUACGGGAAAAGUUGACAUCGUGAUGCCGAAAGCUGACAUAUAAUUUUGUGGCGCGUGAAAGUUUUAUGCUACUAUUGUGCCUUUAAUUACUAUUCUUAAUAACCG